AGCGCCGUUUUCUAUCAUAACAUUAGCAAGGAGAAGCAAUAAACAAUGCGCAAGGAGCUGGUCGUGAAGCACUUAGUACGAAAAACGAAAUAAUUAUAUAUAGAAACUCAGGAGCUGGAGCUGAGCUAGUACAAAAGAUCGAGGAAAUAAAGAUGUGGGCUGAUCGUGUCGUCUUCGAGCCGGAGUAUAACCACAUUCGUACCCAAUCCAGAAAAACGCUGACGCAACAUCAGAGCUUGUCAACAUGCAGUCUCGGUAAAACUAAAACUUGAGCAGCAGGUAGGCAACGAGCCUGUGUGUUUUCUUGUACAUCACUGCCCUUUUCUGCAUAACAUAAGGUGCUAUGUGUUUUGCAUGACAAGACUGCUGUGCUAGUGGCGCAUUUUCCCGCGAUAGGAGGAAAUUUCGACCAGAUCCGGAACGUCCGGCCGACGAGAAAUAUCACGUUAUGCAAGGAAAGUAGACCAGCUGAGUCUCCAUCACCGCAGUCGAGGGGUGAAGUUUGCAGUGCUGAAAAAGAAGAGGUGCGUUUUUCAUAUAGCCGUGCAGAAGUCCUCCUACUUGCGGUGUUUCAACGUGCACAUGGUGUAUUCGUAUGGUGUGUGCAUAAGACCGAUUUGACUUUAAUAUGUCAGCUCCUUUCAUAUCUUCUCGAGUCUGCAGAAGAUGGAGAUCAUUUCUUCACCAUACCCCAGCGCGCAUGCCCGAUCGCACAACUACCACUACCGAUCGCAGUCGAGUAACCACGGGGGGCACAGCCGGUAUAGAAGUAGUUCCCCUGUUUGACUUUGACAGACUUGGCACUACCUGGCGGUGAAAAAAUUCAAAUUUUGUUUUGUCAUUGCACAUCAGCAUCAGGAAUAUCAUAAACCAUAACUGACAAUCACAGCCCUUCCUCCGGGCACCCCCAUGGAAGAAGCGCGGGCAGCUCCGCACACACUGCACACACCGGCGAAAGGGUAACCUACACGGGAGCGGGGGCCGGGGCAGUGGUUGGCGGAGAGAGGGUCACAUACACCGGGGCGGCGAAUUGUAUAUAUAACAUAAGCGAUUCCAUCAUCUUUUUUGCCCGGGACUAGGUGCUGUUCGGCACAAUAUCGACGAGUCACUUCUUUAUCCGCACGAUUUUAUUUGCUGAGCGGCAAAAAUCACACUACUAGAUAACACGUAUCGGAACGAGAACGAUCCGCAACAAGCAGCGCAGCACCACCCGAAUCACACGACGCGGCCUACCACGCCAAACAGCACGACGAAUAACGCCACCGCGGCUAUGAGAGUGCACAACUCCCCCUCGUCCCCCUCAUUUGUAUGGCAUCAACAGCAUUACAAACACCAGUACAGGAGGACCCUGUUGUGCAUGACAGUAUCAUGCGCGGAGUGAAGUACUGUUUGGAUUUCCGGAACUUGUCAUGCACGCGGUGCCACAAGGUAGUAACUGGAUUUUGGUUUUUGCAUGACAAAUGAGGGGGAGGGGGAGUUGUGCCCUGUCAUAGCGUCGGGAAAUAGCACGGCCGCGGUCCCGUGGUGGGAACGGCUGACGACGACAAAAACGGGGAACCUACGGGCGGAUUGCCACAACCUGAAGUCCGUGCGGGAAGACAUGGAUCUGCUCACCCGCGAGGAGCGGAUGCGACACCGAUCGUCCACUAACCUCCACGAGAACGCGCCGCGCAUCGAGUACGUGAGCCCACGGACGGAACUGUGGACCAACCCCGGGCGGGUCAGGGUGGGCGUCAACCGCCCGAAGUCGGCGCACUACCACGCGGACAGGCGGCGGUAGGUCGGGGGCGUUGAGGGCGCAAAACAAGCCGAUGAGAAUGAUUUUUGUGAUUUUGACAUUGACGAAAACAAUUUGGUGUUUUAUUCAACCUCUUGUUUGACGAUGAUGUUUCUUGUUAUGAAGAUUGAUAAAAAAUUUACAUAAGAAGAUGUGCUGCCACAAGUGCUGGGCGGGAUCCUUUGCUACAAGUGAACAGGCACACCGGAAGAGUACCUUCUUGUCCAUGCGCAACUGGCUGUAGUCCUGACAACAAGCAAAAAAGCGACCCUUUGGAGGAGGACGAAACAACACCGCACGCAGAUCAUUCCACGAAUUAUACCAGUUCCACUGCUCUUCACAGCAGGAGCAGCACAAAAGAAGCACUCUAAGGAUGUAGAAAAGAAGGAGUUUCUAAUUCAAUCUAUCAUACCUAGCGAUAUGAACAAACGAAAGACAAGACUAGCUUCCCGCUUUCGCAGGAGUCGGCGUUUAUAGUUAGUGCCCCAGACCGAGACCUCCACGGAAUGAAGUGGAUGUCAGGUCCUGGCUCCACGUUUCUGGCUCGUCAAGGGUCGACGACGUUGUUCCGUCGUGCAGACGCUACACAUAAUGCAUUAUCACAUCAAGGGCC